UGGGUAGCAUUCGUGCGCGUGUGAGCUCGUAUAUGAGCAUCCGAUGUCUUGACCAAUGAUACAAAAUACUUUUUACAUCUAUAUCCUAGUUUCAUGUGUAAUUUUAGCUCUUCGGGAUCUGAGGGCCGAGCUCUUUCGCGAUAACCUAAUGGGUGGACUGCUCGCCAACUAUCCACAUCCCUCCCAGUGCAGAAAGGCCCCAUCUCUGCAUCCACUCCAUCUCCAUGACCCCUGCCGUAGUCACCGUCUCCAGUACCAGCAACUGCAAUUUUAACAGCCACAUAUCUCUUCGCCAGAGUCGAAUACCCCCCGAAAUCGAGCUUGAGUAUGAUGUCGUGGCGGUUGUGGGUAUGGUCUCCUAUUGAUGUGGGGUAGUAGC